GAUUUUUAUUUGAUGAAAACAACAGUAUUGCCUGCCUUUAUGAAAAAACUUGACUACUUUUGUAGUCCAAAACUGGCACCUCUUUUCUCAAUAACUAUGUUAUUUAUUAUGUACAAGUGUAAAAUGUAAAGCGCGCACUCAAGACAAUUGAGAAAAGUGGUCUCUUUUGUGCUGACGGUUGAUCAGUACGUCGAUUCAAAUACAGUUUUCAAUUCCGCGCUCGUAAAUGAUAAAAGAGGAUCCAGUUCUAGACUACUACUUUACUAGCGUAUUUUUCGCUACUAGUGUGGUAGCCAAUCAAACCGUUUUCUGACCAUGGGUUAUUCUUCUACAGGUUAACCGAUGUGAAAAUUCUAUCAUCACCCUGGAGUUUAACGUCAAAGAACUUAGACAACAGGUUGCUGACAAGGAUGAAGAGAUUAGUCAACAACAAGACGAGCUGGCACAAGUGAAACAGAACUUCGCAGAUGAAAACACUAAAACUCAAAGACAAAGCCGAGCAAUGGAAGAAUUAGAACGRGAAUUGAAACUCGCUAAAGAUGCUUGCGACAGGUUCAAAAACCAGGUCAAUCACUGCGAGGAAAACAUCCACAGCUUGAAGCAAAAAUUAACAGACAAGCAGAAAGAGGGCGCGAUGCAAGAGGAUAAAUUACGACAUCUAGAAUCAGAUCUUAAGGCUGUUAAUGAGAGAUACGAGGACUCUCUGAAUCAGAUAUCAAGGGGUGAGCAAGCGUAUCAACAGCUACAAAAAGAUAUGUCAUCUGCCAAACAGAAACAUCGAAACGAGCUUGCAAGAAACGAAGAAACCAUUGCUGGCUUUGAGCGAGAGAUCAGCAACGUACAGAACACAAACAAAUCACUCUCUCAAGAACUCCUUCAGUUGAACAACAAAUUUGCCUCGACUCAAAAAGCGUUGACAAACAGAGAUAACGAGUUGAGAGCGAAAACUGAAGAGAUGUACAAUGCCGAACACACUAUUGAAGAUUUAAGUGAGCAACUCGCUUCCUUGAAGGUCGAUCACAAGCAGCUAAAUGCUGAGUGUACAAAAUCUAAAGAACGAGUAGCGCAAUUAGAGGCUGAUCUGAAUAACUCCAGAGAAAAACACAAAGAAGCAACUCAAGAGCUUGCUCACUGUGAAGAGAAACUCACUCUCAUUGAGCAAAAUUUGACAUCUACACAAGAACAACUUAGCGUGCGCGUAGCGGAGAUUGUACGUCUUGAGAAAUCCAACAAGAAGUACCAAACGGAGCUUAAAAARACGAGUAAUUUGCAAGACAAACAGGACAAACAGAUAUCUGAACUGGAGGGSUACUUGGAGCAGUUUAGAGCCGAUCUGAAGGUCUCUCAACAAAGACACCAAGCCACUGUUGAAGAGGCUGAUGCAUACGAAGAGCGCGCAAGAAACCUGGAACUAGAAUUAGAGGUUACCCAGAAGGAACUUCAAGUUAUUAGAGAGGAGUUUACCAACAUAUCACGCGUCGGGCAAGACAAAGACAGUCAAAUUGCGCAGUUCAAGCAACAACUUACCGAAGCGCAGCGGCACAUUCGUCAAUGCCAAAAUGUUAUCGAAGAGCAGGAAUCUAAGAUCACUCAGUUUAUUCAUCAAAGUCAGGAGCUUAAAGAGCAUGCUCGCGAUAAAGAAAAGGCAAUAGGUCAGCUACGCGAGGAGUUGGGCGGGGUCCUCGAGAAAAACAAGAAUAUUUCAACUGAGAUCGCUGCGCGAGAUUCAGAUAUCAAACUGUUGAGAACCGAUUUGAGCUCAGCACAGAAAAAAAUCAAAAACCACACAAACGAGGUUCGGCGAUAUGAGGAAACACUUCAACAGCUUCAAACAGAUCUCGAAAGAACUCAGGAAACGCACAAGACAUCAACGGCUCAGAUUUCUUCACUUGAAAAGAACCUUCAGAACUUGAAAGUACAACUAUCAAGCGCGCAUGGGAACCAUAAAGAAGCUAUGGAACAGCUAACUCAACGCUCAAAACAGCUGGCUAAUUCCAAGACAGAUCUGGCUGCAACAAGACAACGUAAUCAAGCAUUGGAAGAGCAGAUCAGUGCAUUAGAGGAAAAACUACGAAAAGUUAAAAAUGACCUGAAAAGAUACCAAGAYAGGAACAAGCAAAGCGAUGGAGAGGUCCAACAUUAUGCUCGCAAUGCUGAGGACCUUAAAAACCAACUGAAUACAGCACAUCAAAAGAUCCAGCGACAGGACCACGAGAUAACUUCACGGGAUGAACAGGUCGUCGUACUUAAAGUCGAUCUUGCUACGCUACAAGAAAAGCAUAGAUUAAUUAUGGAAGAGAGCGAUAAGAUCAAACAGGAUUUUGCUCAAACAAGAAAGCAACAUCAAGCCUGUUUAGAAGAGAUCCAAACAUUGCGAAUGUCGCUCGAGGAAGCGCGCACCAAUGGAGAUCGACUUCAUCGUGAAAGUGAAAUGGUGGUUGAAAAUGUCAACAGUUGGGUACAAGAACAGAAGCAUGGCAACGAAAAGUUAGCUUCUAAACUAAGGGAACAGAGUAUGCAAAUUUCUUCGCUACAGUCGGACAAAGAGCAUUUGGGCGAAGCAAACAAUGCACUUCAGAAAGAAAACUCAACACUUAAAAGUGAAAUAGAAGAGAGACGAAUGGAAAGCGAAAGAUUGAAGAGUUUACAAUCUCAUUCAGCACAGCAACAAGUUCUUCUUCAUCAGCUUCGCAACCGUCUUUCAAACUACGAAAACGAGCACGAUGCUGAAGCAAUCAACAGAGCACAGACAAUAGAAGAUCUACAUAACCGACUUAAGACUAACGUGGARACAAUUCAACAACUUAACCAACAGCUUAAUUCCCUAAAUAAGGAAAACCUUCGACAACGACAUUUGCUGGACAGAGAAUCGGCCAUGAGGAAGGUAACUAAAAGAUGUCCUGGAUCUAAGGGUGAUUUGAUCAUCUUCAAAAGAUCUUUAUAUGACCAUUAUGCUGUAAAUGUCGGCAAUGAUGAGAUMGUACAUCUUGCUUYUAUCGUCRAUASCCCACGUAGCGSCGACAUCGUCGAUGGUUCACMAUUAUUAUGCUSUGCAAAUUUUAAAAUGACAAUAAUUAAGAAAGAAAAGUUCAAAGACUUUUGCAAACCAGGAGAUGUAGCAGAAUUUGAAAGCCUCCCGACGUCUUUUUCAAGUGAUGAAAUUGUCGAAAGAGCUUUGUCUAAAGUUGACCAAGAAGGAUAUAAUAUACUCUGGAAGAACUGCGAGCAUUUUGCGCGCUGGUGUCGCUAUGGRGAGGAGGAAAGCGACACACUGAUUGAUAACUACAAGAAUGGAGCUCAUGACUUCUCAACACCAGUGUCAAAACCCAUUCACAAAGACAAGAUACGAUCUGUCAUGAAAAAAGAGAUUGAAAAGGCUGGUGUAAAUGACCCACAAGUACUUGACAAGUCGUACUGGAUACAGCGAGUUGGAGAGCUUUCUAUUCAACUACAACAAAGCAGCGAAUAUUGGGCCCAUAAAGUGAGAGACUUGACAGAUCAAAUAGACAGUAAACGAUCCCCUCUACAUUGACCACGGCAGCAGACCAAUGCCAGGCCAGUUAGUCAAUAAGACAAAUGUAACAUACACAAGAAGAAACAACAAAUUCCCAGAAUGUCAGUAAUUUUCACUGUACAUUAUUGCAUGCCAAAUAUUAAUCAAGAAGACGUUUUAACAGCCACAGGACCUUUUGUAACAAAUUUAUUUUAUAUCAUGUAUAAUAUUGUGUACAUUACAAAAAAAAUGGUUUAGCAAAUGUAGAUUAUAAACAGUUCUGCCUGCAGAAGUAUGUUUUACAAAUUUUUAUGUUUCUUUUAUUCAAACAUCAUUAAAAUUGAGAGACUUUUGUAUAAUAAAAAUCUUUCUCUCUC